UUAGAAUCUACUUCGUCUCUAGUUGCAAAAGAGCUUCUCCAAAAGACACCAGAGUUAAUCACUCCACAACUGGCUCAUCUCCUCAGAGCGAGCAUCCUUUCUAAAGUGAUGGCCAAAGAUUCUGUAAGAAUUACUGAAGAACAGGAAGAAGUGCUGCUAAUGUUGGAAGAGAAAUUCCCAGAGCUGCUGCCACGAGAGGAUGUUAUUACUGUCCUUCAGGAAGCUCAUCGUCAUGCAAACGGGUUAAGUCUUGAGGAGGCCAUGCUAAAGGAUCUUAAAGAAGUAUCAGAUGGAGAAAUAAAAGUAGCAGUUAGUACUAUUUAUAUGAAUCUAGAGGACUACCUAUUUUGCAAAAACAUGACUGGAGACUUAAAAGCAUUUGUGCACAAAUAUGGUUUUGAUGUCCUUGUCAUUUUGGCCAGCUACUUAUCAGAAGAGGAAGGGAAAAAAAGGCAAAUAGCAAUUUAUUCAGAAAACAUGGAACUUGGAAAUCAGAUCUGUUGUGAAUUAGAAGAGUGUCAGAAUCCUUGCCUGGAACUUGAUCCUCUAGAGUAUGGAUGUGAUCAACUCCUCAUAUAUCAGCAAGAAAAUUCUACAACAAAUUGUGAUGACAUUUUUCUGCUGAUGAAGGAUUUUAUCACAAGGAGACACCCAGAAAUGGCACCAAACAGUAGAACAUCUUCCACUGAAGCUGUUGCUGGAAGCGCUCCACUUUCCCAAGGAUCUUCUGGUAUCAUGGAGCUGUACGGUUCAGACAUUGAACCACAGGCAAAUGUUAACUUUAUAGAGAAUCCUCAAGAUCAUAAUGGAUCUGCUCAAGUCAAUGCUGAUGUAAAUAUAGAUCUCGUGAGUCCAGAUAGUGGACUUGCUACUAUAAGAAGCAGCAGAUCCUCCAAGGAAAGUUCUGUUUUUCUUAGCGAUGAUAGUCCAGUAGCGGAAGGAGCUGCAUCUCAUCACAGUUUCUUUUCUGGCUUUGAUUCAUACAGCCCCAUUCCUGAAGGAGUCAUACCUGAAGAAAAGCCACAGACUAGAAAUAGCAGUGACAAUUUUGAUCUUUUCAACUUUGAUUUGGCAUCAAUAGCUACAGUUCAGACAGAAUCUUCUCAUUCUGUGGACUUUUCCCCAGCUGAUGACUUCUCCCAUGGCAGUGGCUCAUCAGAAGGUCAGCAACCAGCUGACUCAAAAGUAGCUAAUGAGACAACUCAAUCAGAAUGUGACAUUGCAGGCUAUUCAACUGAUUUACCAAUUACAAGAAAUGAAGGGGAUGGAAAAGUAACAUUUGAUAAAUGUAACCUCUUGCAAGAAAAUCCUACAAAUUUUGAGGAAACAGAAUCAUGUUUUAUUGCUUUGAAAGACAGUUCCCCUUCUUGUCCUGAAGUGCUGAAAAGUAUUGACAAAAGAACUCCACCAACACCUGUGAAUAGUCUUGUGGAAACAUCUCCUUUAGACCAUGGACCACCUUCACUCUAUCCACAAGAUAUAAUUACGAAAAUUAAUGAAAUUGAUCAUGUGAACCAUUCUUGUUCUCGCAUUAGAUAUGGGAGCUGGUGGAAUGGUUUUGAUUUAGAUUCCAAAAAUGGUGAUAUAUCAAGUCCAGCUGACCCAGAAUAUGUAUUUCAGAGUCCUGAGUCACUGAAAGACUAUAAAGAAAAUGUACUGUUGAGGCAGCAAACUGAAAGAAGAGCUUCAGAUUCAGUAUGUGUACAAAAACAGCAAAAGCAUACCAAAAAUUUGAGAACAGGUAUUUGGGAAAACCAAUUUAAUACUGCCCAUAAUGAACAUGCUGUGGGAAACCAACAAAAAGAUGGUGAACAAGUGGAAAACUUUACUGACAUGUGGGCCUUGAGUCAACCAGUGCCUGCAAUAUCUGGUCCAUGGGAUAAUACUGACAAUGCACAGAGCAAGACAAAUUCACAAAAUACCUGGUCAGUAUUUGAUCAUGAUGGCUCUGGGCAUCCAGAGGGCACAUGGAAUGUUCCCCACAUGGAUUUUGAUGAAAUUUCACAGACAGAUGUUAACACAUGGGCUAUGUCUCAAUGCCUGCCUGAAGUCUCUAAAGUUAAUGAAUGUGAAAAUCUAAACAAUCAAGUAGUGUCUGGAAACAAUGCCCAAUGUAGUUCAGUAGAAAACCACAAAUCAUUUAAAAAUGGACAAACGGAUAUAGGUAGUAUACAGCAGAACGUUAAACUGGCUUUGGAACAUCAAAACAACAUUGUAUUUAAAUCCAGAGAGUUUGACAAUACAAAUGAAUGGGAUGUAUAUGACUCAACCAUCAGAAAAGAAGUGCUUGGAAACCUUGUCUCUUGGGAAGAUCCCUUCUUGUCAUACAGAGAUCCAGACUUUAUCACAUCAAAUGCAUGUGACGAUUUAGUAGUUUCUCCACCAGAUACAAAUUACUCAACUUCUGAUUCAUAUAUAUCACCAUCAGGGAUUGGAGAUGAAAGAGAAAGUGAAAGCAGUCCUAACAAAGAACCUGUUUUGGACCAAAUGGUAAAUUCAUGCUCACCUGAUGCUGAAACAUAUGAUUUAGCAGAUGAGAAACCAUUACCGCAAUCAUCUCCUGUAUGUUCACCAGAUUCCAGUUACGAAAACACAUCCCCUAAAAAUGAGAACCAAAUGGAAGCUACAGGCUCUGAAGUGAAUAAUUUAACAAACACUGUUUUACUUGACUCAUCGGGAAAAAAUGGCACAUAUUUUUCAGAGGACUACUGUGUUGAUGGAAGUAGUCAUUCAAGUUCUGAAGACUUUGGAUUAACUCCUGUUUCUGCUCAGAGAAUUAGUCACUCAUCUCCAAAUAGUGUCAUACAUACAGAAGACGGAAAUGCUGAAAUGAAUAAUGGUGUUAUUCUUGAGGUCCAGAAGUUUCCCCAUUUGGAUGCCAGUGACGUGAAGAGCACUGUUUCAGUUAAUGAACAAGUCAGUGGAAAUGAACAGACAGUGCAGGGCACUGAACUUCUAGAGAAACAAUGGAAUAGGCAGCUUCAGCAUAAUCCACAAACUGUACUGAAGCACAGUGACAUAUUUUCUGCUUCAAUGCAAAGUACUGAUGAGAAAAAUGGGCAGGUCACCCUUAACAAUGUUAAGAAUGAGGCUGUGCAAAAUGACAACAUACCUUUGCUUCCUUUCUCAUAUGUUAGUAAUUCUGAGAAAAACAAGAUAAUUUCUGAUUAUCCCAUUUUGUUAGAAGGAGUAAGAACAAAUGGAAGCUUAAAAGAAAUAGGAGUAGAACCAUCAGAAAUAAACACACUCUUUUACAAUGGGACUCAUCCUAUCACUGAAGACAAGAAAAAAGGAUAUCUAGAUAGUGCAGAAGAUAAGAAACUUUUGGUACACUUUGAUCCAGCUGAUCUUCCAAAGUACAGUUUAAAUGAAGCAUCUGAAUCCGUUUCAAAAUACUUUGAUACGGACCAGUCAAUGCAAAAGACCUCUGAAGUGGAAAGUCCUUCUUCAAGUUCUUCCGGAGGAGACAACAAUCAAGAAAAGUGUUCUCCAGUACUGGCUAAAAAUGAAGGUGUAUGGAAUAAAUUGGAGCCAUUAGAUGCUUUGCUGCAUAAUGAAGUACCAGCACCGCUACCAACUCAAGUGCCAGCAGAACAGCAGGAGCAUUUAUCUAAAGAGAUUACAUCUAACUUAAACACAUGUAAAAUCGAACUAGAAAAUCCUGAAAGCAUAUCAGAAAUAUUUGGCAGUCGUGAAAUGUCUUUGGAAGGUACAGAUCAACAAAAAUUAGUUACAAAUCCCCAUAAUCCAUAUGUAGAAUUUACUGAAUUUCUGGGUGCAACAGAAAUGCGUACAACAAACAAUUCAGAGGCAUUUGAAAUGGAUUCAUCUGAGAAAAAUGGAAGUUCAGAAUCUGAGAAUAAACUUUCAAAUGAAAAAUGUAUUGAUAUUGUACCUCAUCAUGAAUUGUCUCAAAUUCUAGAUGGUUGGAAUGUGUCACUGAAUGAACGUGCACAGUUUCUUGGAAGAAGUACUAAAAUAAAUGAAAUGCUUGAAGCAUCAGAUGCGGUAUACAGCUUCCUAGCAGAUAAUCCAGUCAGAAACAUCUCUAAAGAAGACAACACCUAUAGUGAUUCCAUUCAUGAUUACACAAACUCAAGUGCAACAAGUCCUGAUAUAAGUUAUUCUACAAGUAUGCAUACAUGGGAUAACUUGCAAAUUGCUAAUAGUCAAAAAGAAAAUGUAGAUGCUUGGAACACCACAAAUGAUGGACAAGUAGAAGAUUUUAAGAAUGAAUUACUUGAGAAUAAAAUCCAAGACGAUUCUGAAACAAGUACUGAACACAAAGUCCCCAAAAAUUUAGAUCUUUGGAAUGCUCCUGUGGAUGAUGAUACUGUAUCUUCUUUAUCAAGUUCUGGAAUAGAUGAAGACUCAGAAUACUCAAAUGUACCUCAGGCAGAAACAGCGUUAGAUUCAUGCCCUGAAAAAUGGGAGGAUGUAAGAAAGCUAAAAUCUUUGCAGAUCCAUGAAACAAAUGUCACAAAUGAUGAACACAAUUUGAAGAAAAAUGUCCAUGUAGUUUCGUUAAAGGAAUGUUCUGAAGAUGCUAAUGGUACUAAUAUUUCAGGGGAGCGUUAUAGCCAUGAAACUUCUGAAUAUUUAGUGCACUGGGGAACAAUUCAAGAUGAAGUACAUGGUCAUACUGCCCAUAUUUCCACAAUAAAUAAUUCAGAUGCAUGGGAUGCAGUACUGCAAAGUAAUUCUGAAAGUACAUUUGAUAAACAUGAAAAGUCCACAGUGGAAGAUCUUGGAUUCCCAGAUGAUUCUUCAGAAUGGUGGAAUUUACAAAAAAAUGGUGAUAGAUCAGUGGAAGCUCAACACUUUUAUCUGAGUAAUGAUUUAAAAAUUAACGAUAUAGCAAUCCAAGAUCAUGAUGCAUGUGAAGCACACAAUGAAAGAAGUGAAAAUUUUGAAGAUUCAAAUCUCACUGAGGCUCAUGGACAUGAAAAUGAGUUUACUCAAUAUGAUAGUGAAGGUGAAGGUGAAAAAGAAGAUCACUCAUUGGCUGAACCAAAAAAAGGUUUAGUUCAAGGUGUCAUAAACUGUGAAGAGUGUGAUCCACUGUCACCACCAUGUAAGAAUGAAAGGGACAUAAACCAAGAAGCUUUAGUUGCUGCUGUUAGAGAUCAGAACACUCUUAUGCAGUUGGUUCCAGAAGAGUGGCAAUCAAGCCUUUUGAAUGCACUUACCCAGGCAGAUUCAAAGCUUGGUUUCUUAAGAGAUGAUACAGAAAAUACAAAUGAUACAACUCCCAGCAGCCCAAAUGAGAUAAACAUAGUUAAUCCACUUGAUCAUAAAGAAUUAGAUACUAGUGAAAGAUCUCCAUCUGAUAGUCUUCUUCCUUUGAAAGCAGGAAGGAUAUCCAAUUCAAUAUGUGAUGAAAACAGAGUUGCACAAGAAAACUCAUUUGUUCCAGAUAUAUUACAAAAUAACAACAUUGGAUACUAUCAGGGAUUUACUGUUGAUCCAGAUUUGUGGACUGAUGUUGAAGAGCCUUUAAAUUUCAGAACAAACAUAGAAAAUCCUGAUAUAUUAAGUCACUGUGAUCAAGACAGCAGUUCAGAGGCCUCAAGCAGUCCGGACGUUUGCCAUGAAUAUGAAAGCAAGCAAACAUGUGCACAGUCUUCUGUUCUAGUGCAGCCUGAAGAAGUUACUCAGAUGUCUCCCAAGCUGUCAGAUACAUACAAAGACAGAGAUUUUGAUUUUAAUCAGCAGCUGCCAAUUGACAGAAAUGAGAUAUAUCCUGAAAGACAUUGUCUCCAUCUUCCAUGGAAGUAUGAGACAAACACUGAGGAGCCCAACCAACUAAUACCUCCUAAAAUUGAAGUACAAGUUGAAAUUAGAGAAAAUAUUUUGCAGGAAUCUGAUGUAGCAAAUGAAACAGUCAAUAAACAAGAUGAUUUGUCAAAUACCUGUACUAGAGGCUUGGACGUCGUACCCCUAAAUCUGGAAAAUAACACAUUUGAAAAAGAAAGCUUUGAAGACCAAGAAGACUUAGCAUCUUUAGGUGAGUCUGUGGAUCCUCCAAAUGCUUCCAUUUUGCUCAUAGAUGGUUCUGAGCACAGCAAGUUUGCUGACAGUGAUCACCUUCCAGUUGGUCACCAUGUAACAGACUAUGCUGAUGAAUUGGAAGCAAGAAGUAUACCUAUUAAUGGUGAAACUGAAAUACAGGACAGCAUCAUCAAGAUAAAAGUUGCUAAUAACCCAACUUCCAUAGUGAAUGAAAUUAAUCCUCUGACAAUGUUAGUCAAUAAAUCAGAGGAAGAAAUAGACAUGUGUACAAUACUCAUAAAGAAACACUCAUUACAGACCUCCCUGGAAGAACAGGAUGAUAAUUUACUGUCCAAUACAUUAAGUAAGUAUGGUACUGAUAUUAUACAAGACCAUGAACAUCUUCAGAAGACUCAUAGCUCAUGGUUAACAGCAUCACCCAACAUACAGUUGCCACUUGCAUGUAUCUCUUCAUCUGAUAUAUCAGUUGGUACAGAAGACUCUUCUCAGAAAGAUGACACGAAUAUUUUAGGAUCUAACACUGUUGAUAUAAAAGGUGAAGCUGAAGAACAUUCUGAAGUAGAUCAAGGAUGGGGAACCCUGUUAAUAGAAUCUGAUGGGACUCCUGGAUCUUCAUGUACUUUGAAAAGAUUUGAGUAUGAUACAGAAUCAAGUAUUAAUGACUCACCGACUCAAGAUAGUGGAAUUAAUAUUUUAGAGUCUAAAGCUGUUGACAUCAAAGGUAAGGAUACAAGAUGCAUGCAAGAAGAUCAAGGCUGGGGAUCACUUUUGUUAGAAUCUCAUGUGACAUCUGAAUCUUCAUAUGUUUUGGAAGGAUCUGAGCAUGUAACAGGUUCAAGUCACAUUUAUUCUACUACUUGUGAACAAAAUAUUUCUGAAGACAAACCUAGUGAUGCCUGUGGCAAGUCUGCAGAAUGUUCUCAAGAAGACCAAGACUGGGGAUCUUUAUUAUUAGAAUCUGAUGUGACUCCUAAGUCAACUGACUCUUCAAAAAAACUCGAGUAUGAAGCAGAGUCAAUUCAUAUUGAUUCACCAGCAGGUGGAGUCAUAAGCAUGGGCGAUGAAGCUGCCUCUGAAACACUUAAUAAUGAUAGCAAAGGGUACAAAUCUGCAAAUUGGACAAGUAUAACACAAGGAAAGAACAAGGAAUAUGGCACAUUAAAGGGAGAUGAAGAUCACUCUUUUCUAGAGAUGGAUUAUGUCCUCAUUGCUGGUGAAGCAAAUGGAUCUUUGAGGAAGGAUACCUUGGUAAUACAAGAAGGCAAUUUCACUGCACAGGAAGCUUUCACAGUGGCAGAACAAACGGAUUCUCUUGAAAUCUUUUCAGCAGACUCUUCGGAUACAUUUCAGUCAAUCUCCAUAAUAAAUGAAAAUGAGGGGCAGUCAACUGAAUGGGAUUCUUUUUAUUUAGCAGAUAAAAGUUCUGUUGUAGCUCAAAAACUAAGAGAUGAAAAGAAAUCACUCAGAAGCCCUCUACAAGAUCAGGAAUGGACUAUGGUAGGACAAAAUGGAGUGGAUGAUAUAUCACCUGAAGAAAAAUGUAGGAGAAUAGACACAAUAGAAUCAUUGUCUAGAAAUCCUGUUAAAAAAUUAGAGGACAUUUUAAACCAGGAACUGAUCUCUGGGACCCAAACUGAAACUCUAGUAGAGAGAAGUCCUCAUAAAGCAUUGGAAGAGGAGGACAAGAUUUCACACAAUAAUGAGCCAGAUGCUCUUUUAUUUCAAGUUGCUGAUGGUAAUGGUGAGUUAAAUGUCCAUUCACAACAGCAUCCUAGCGAUGGUAUGACAAUGGAACAAGAAGUGGAAGAGGAGGUUCAGUUUGUUGGCGGUAACAGAGAACACAGUCUUAUAACAGGAUUGACACCAGAGGAUGUGGGAAUGGAUGACACUAUGCUAAACUCCAGUUCUGCAGAGAUGAGACCUGAACCUCCCAAUUCUCUAGAUCUUGAUGCUUCCCAUCCCAGGAGGAUAAAACUCACUGCUCCAAAUAUCAAUCUGUCUUUGGAUCAGAGUGAAGGAUCUGUGCUUUCUGAUGAUAACCUGGAGAGUCCAGAUGACAUUGAUAUCAACGUAGAUGAACUUGACACACCAGAUGAAGCAGAUUCUUUUGAAUAUGCUGGACAUGAAGAGCAGCCAGUCUUUACGGAACUUCCUCAAGAGGUGUCUGAAUCAAUCCCAGAAUAUACUGCUGAAGAAGAACGAGAGGAUAAUAGAUUAUGGAGAACAGUUGUCAUUGGAGAUCAGGAACAGAGGAUUGAUAUGAAAGUUAUUGAACCUUAUAAAAAGGUUAUUUCUCAUGGAGGAUACUAUGGUGAUGGUCUAAACGCCAUCAUUGUGUUUGCAGCAUGUUUUCUACCAGACAGCAGCCGAACCGAUUACAACUAUGUCAUGGAAAACCUUUUCUUGUAUGUAAUAAGUACUUUGGAACUCAUGGUUGCUGAAGACUAUAUGAUUGUUUACUUGAAUGGAGCAACACCAAGGAGAAGGAUGCCCGGUUUGGGAUGGAUGAAAAGAUGUUACCAGAUGAUUGACAGGCGGUUAAGAAAGAAUUUGAAAUCCUUCAUCAUUGUCCAUCCCUCUUGGUUUAUAAGGACAAUUCUAGCAGUGAUACGGCCUUUUAUAAGCUCAAAAUUCAGCAGUAAAAUACACUAUGUCAACAGUUUGGCAGAGCUCAGUGAACUAAUUCCAAUGGAAUAUGUAAAUAUCCCAGAAAGUAUUGUCAAGUAUGAUGAAAACAGGUCCUUUCAGAGAAGAGUAAGAGCGAGCUGUCUUUCAAAUGAGCCAGAAACAACUUCAGUCCAGCAGGACAUUGACAUGAAGCUGAAAGGAGAUUCCUAAUUCUCUUGGCAAACUGAAGGAGAGAAGUUUUGUCUGUCUGAUGUGCCUGGGCCUUGAGGAUGGAGACAAUUUUGGAUUCCCGGCUGGACACUCCCACAGGAUCUUCUUGUGCACAGCUCUCAUUCAUUUCCACAAGGACUGUUUGUCCAAGAAAUAUUCCUGUUACAUUGCGAUCUUCGUCCUCUGAUCACUCAGUACAAUUCAGAGCUUUCUGAAGUGAAAAGGGAGUGGCACCCACAGUGGCCAUAUAAACUACAACAUGGGAGAUCUUUCUUUGUAUAUUCUUAGCUUCAGGACUAUUAUCUGCAAUAAGGAAAUAUAUUUCAUGAUGCAGUUUUCCAUUCCAGAUUAUUUUGCCAUCCAUGUGCCUCGCUCAUGAUUUCCCCCCCCAGUUUGAUUUGUUGUUCCAUUUUUGUCUUCUAUGUAUUAUCAUAAUUGUGCCUAGCUAAACCAGUGAAGUCGACUUCUGUACAUCAGUGUUAAAAUUCUUCUCACACACCUCAGUCCAGUGGCUCUAGUGCAGAAUCAAAGGGUUCUAAUGUGACACAAGGAAGGACUCAGAUCCCUGCUUUCUUUUCUCUGCGAAUGUAUAAAUGCUGAAUAUUUCUUCAAGAGAAAUUGAGCCAACUCUCCCCGGGGCCUUAUAUGUGCUUUAGUAUUCACAGAUACUGGUUUGACAGCAUUAGCAAUAAUUCCAGUCUUUUGUUACCAAAAAUUCCUUCCAGUGGUCCAUUGGCAAUGUCUUAUUUACAGAUGCUAUGCAGAGCCACUUUUGCUUAUUGUGCUAUGAAUGGGAAUGAUAUUUUCCCCUUGGUUUUCUGGAAGCAUUUAUCACUAAGAAUGCAGUCAGGAAGUUCCCCUAUAAACUAAUGCUUACAAGUGAUCAGAGAGCAAUGAGAAUAGACUCUAAAUAGAUAAAAGCACAUAAUAAAAUGACCAGGUGGUGUUCUGAAAAACAGCAUAAGGGAAAAUAAUGGUUUUGGUGUUUUUAUAUCUGUGCUAAGAGGCACCACCACCAAAACAUCAGCACUAUACACCUCUUUAUUAAGGAUGAUCUCUGACCUAUACAAUUAUACAAUACUCUGUAUUAAACUUAGUUAAGUCACAAAUUAUUGCCAUCCCACGGAAAUAUAAUUUCAAGUAGAUUAAAGUAUAAAUCAGUGAUAUUUGAUGCCAUUAUGACUAACCCAUUGUGAUAGUGAGGAAUGUAGUGUAGAGUUCUGCAGUUGUCAUUUUCUCAAUUCAGACCAUUCAUAUUCACAAUGAAUAAUUGUUUUAUUUUUAUGAAUAAUUUGUUUUAUAGAGAGAGUGUCCAGUCAGCAUUUAAGUGGAUUGAUAUCCUUGGCAGUCUAAUGUCUAAACCACCACUGUUGGGCAUGAGAAGACAUUAUUCCAAGUUAAACAUCAUUUUUCUUCUGUGGCAGCCAUUUUUAAGUGGGUAAAAGUAAAAAGAUUUACAAACACACUCCACCCCACACACUUAUCUGUAAUUACAUCCUGGACUACAGAAUUAUUCACUUUUUUUCAAAAAACUCAGCGGAAGCCACUAAGGCCUAACUAUUGCCACAUCUACACUACAUAACUGCAACAUUUUAAACCCAGAUCAUUGCCAAGGUUUCUUCUUCUAGAUGUGAUAUUGAAGUAUGUGAUUGAAGGAGUAUAUGUGGCAUUUGCUUCUCUGUGUGUGUAUGUGUGUGAUUGAGAGAGAGA